CAUAACGUCACCAUGACAACAAUGAAAAUCCAAUAUGUCCGCCUGUAUGGCCAAACAUUACCAGAUGUUGUACGGAGAUUUUAGCGUUUUCAACUUAAAUAGAAGAUUGAUCUCAAAUUAGAUGAAUACCAAGAAAGAAUAAGGCUCUCAUAAUGCCAACGGUCCUAAGGAAGGAUGUGAAAUCGGAUGGUAAACGGCCGAACGAGGGGGGAUUUGGAAAUUCUUCGAGUUCAACAUCUGAAAAAUUGACACCGACAUCUUCUAGAGAGGGAGCUAAAAGUCAAAAAGGUGUCAAAGAACGAAAUCGAGACCUUGGUGGUGUCAAAGCACUAGACAAGCCUGUGGCGACUUUUGAUGCUUUGUCAGAGGCGAGCGGGGGCUCAGGGCUGGGAAUUUUACCCGUCGGGGAUGACCGUCAAGACCUGAUCUCGGAGGCUAGCUCAAAGGAGCUAGUUCUUGUUGAUAAAACUUUACGGGAAACAGAUGAGGAAGAGCAAGAUGACGAGGAAGUGAAAGAUUUAGUACCAGCAUUGCCUGAAGGGUGGCCAGCUUUUAAGAAUAAGCCUUGGCGACGUCGGAGCUGUGAGCUUGUCAAAAGCACAUCAUCUUGUGUGCGAAAAGCUGUUUCUCAUUUACAUCAAUUACAAGACAUCUUGGACACACUGUAUAAAUCUACAACGCGGGAGUCUGAAAGCCACGAAGAAGCCAGUCACACAGGGGCUAGCUGUGAAGGUGGGAGUCAAAAUGGUGCCAUUCGAGAAAUUGCCAGUCGAGAUAGCAAAUUCAGAUCUAGUACUGUAGACGGGAGCUCAUUGCAAUCCAGAGAACGUUUGGCAAGCCGGGGUCAAGAAAGCACACUUGGUCGCGAAUCAACUAGUUGUCAUGGUAGGAAACUAAGAUGGUUGCUGAGCUCUGCAUCUAUUGGGCAAGUGGAGGAUGAUGAAACACCUGCUGAUUUGCGACUGGAGUCUUCAGCUAGUGGCGCACAGCUCGAGGUCCGUGGAACUAGUGCAGGAAUCCUUCUCAACACCCCUCUGACACCCAAACCACAGACAGCCCUGUCUGAGUCAGGAGCCGGUGACCUUGACCUUCCCCAUGGUUACCCUGUGGUGGAUGAGGUUUUGAGCCUUCUUGGUCGGCUUGAGACGGACAGAGUUAACACUGAGCUGAGUCUGGUCAAGGAGAGGGAGAGGGUGGCUCGUCUCAGAAGUGAGAUUGAUCAGCAUGCCAUUCACAGAAUGCAGGAGUUACCCGAGGCUGUGCAAAGAGAGCAUGAAGCUUGUGCUAUUGACAUCAAUGAGCUGCGGUGGCAUUGUGCUUACACAGGAAGAAUUGAAGCUAGAUUGAGAGAACGUGUGCGGCAAGCAGAGCAAAAACACUCCAAGCUGCUGCAGGAUUUAGGGAACAUGCAGAAGCAUUGUCCGCUUGUUGAGGAAAAGCUUGAUCUUGAAGGGGAAGCCAUGUCUAGCAUCCAAAACAAACAGGAUGAGACAGAUGAUGAGCUACGGUCCACUUUAGUACGACUGCAUGCCACAGAGAAGAAGACAGCAGAGGCCCAAGGCAAGGCAUCCCAAGAGAGAGCUCUGAUAAAACAAGAUGUUGAUGUGGUUAGGAAUGAGCUGAAUGCUGUCAGUGAUGAACUUGCACAGUUGAAGAUGUACUUUACCUCCAACACCCACACCAUGACUGAUAUCCGUAACACAUUGAAGGAGAAUGCCCAACUGCUUGUAGUCCUAGACAGCAGAGAGGAACGAAUCAGAGCAUUGGAGGGUGCACAGCAAGACAAGGUGAAGACACUGCGAGAAAAGAUCAUAGAGCAAGAAGCAGAGCACCAUAAGCUUCUUGAAGAGAACAACAGACUGUUGACAGAGAAAGAAGUAAUGAAAGCAGAGCUGUCUACAGAUAUUUCAAAGCUGGAAUAUCGAGUCAAUAUAGGCAAUUCACGAAUCAAGGAAUUAACCAAGAGAAACAAGGAGAGUUCUUCAGAUAUAAAAGGAAUAAAGAAAAAGCUUGAUGCAUGCGCGAAGAAACAAAUCGCAGACCAAAAGUCAAUAAAGCGAGCUGAAGCAGAGAUGGAGAAAGUUGCUGACCAGCUAGUGGUGUCGAAGGAGGAGACAAGUCGGGUGGAAGUGAUGCACAGUAGCCUGUCAGAAAGCCUGCUCAUGCAGAGAGAGGAGAUUAUGGCCGUGGAGGAGUCACUCAAGACCACAGCCGAGGCGCUCAAGAAGCAACUGAAGGACGAGGCUCACGCUCGCACCGUGCUACAGGCAAGAAUAGCGGCCGACAAUACGGACCUUGCCAAGACGCAAGUAGACUCAAAGAAAAAGCGAGAGAAGGCGACCAUCCGCGCCGAUGAGAUCGAAAAACUUGUCAGCCACGUCAAAGAACAGGUCUCCAAACUAGAAAAGAUCCACAACGAAAGGCAAAUGACGAUCACUGAGCUGAAUAAGAUUCUGGACAAAGUGGCCAUACAACAUCGCGACAUGGAGAGUAAGCUCACGGGAGAGAUCACACAGCUCAAACCAAAGGAGGAAGACCUAAAGAAGGAGAACAUGGACCUGGCUAAGCGGAUCGAUCACAUGACUUGGAAAUCCGAGAUGAUGGAGAAGAAGAUGCAAGAUAUGGCGUCCUCUUCGCUGAUGAUGAACAAAGUCAUCACUACGACCACCGACUCCAUCAAUGAUCUCAAUGAGGAGAUGACGGAGCUGAAAAUCCAGCUGGAGACGGGAUUCGAGACAGAGCAGGAUCUGAGAACAUCACUAAACCAAGCUGAAGGGCGAAUCAAACUGGGUGAAGAGGAUCACAACAGAUACAUGGCUCAGAGGGAAUCCAUCCUCCAAACAAACUUGGGAGGUGUCGAGUCUUCUCUCGAGGAGAACAAGCGCCUAGCGGAGAAGUACACCAUCUUGCAGCAGCAGUUCCUGAAUAAUAAGGCGGCACUGCUCAGAGAGUUCGAACGGAGGGUGUUCCGCGAACACAACCUAAAGGACCACAGAGAGCUAUCUGUCCUCCAAGAGCGCAUGCACGAAGCCCUCGAAUAUUACUACCGCUUACGAGGGCUUCAGAACAGAGCGGGUAUCGCGCACUUUGAGCUGAGGGCCGCCGAGAAUGGGGGCAAGCUCGUGUACCUGCAAUCCGAGAUGAUGAGGGUCAUCGAACAUAUCAACCGUUUCCUGGAGGCCAACAACACGGCGCACAAAGUGAUCUCUAAGGAAGCGGCCAAGGUUGCCAGGACCCCCCCAGUCAAUGUCACGGUCUCUUAGAAACGGUUUCUAGGCGUCAGGCAGCCCUAUUUGUUUGGUCCACAGCAGUAAUUAUAACAGAGAAUGAGAUUAUGUUUCGGAGAAAAUAUUUUUUUGUAAGAAUUUUAAAUAGAGUCUAAAAUCAUUGGUCAUAUUCAUUCUUUCAAAGCGUACAUAUUGGAUACAUUAAUUCCAGCUGUCGGGCAAAAUGAGUAAUGGGAGUAAAAAUUUACAAGGAGUGACGCGUUAAAUAAAACCAAUUUAAUGUUG